AUGUAUUCGGUGAGAAAGAUCAGAGAAACCGAAGGAGUCGGAUCGGUUUAUCGAGAGACCAAACACUUCAGCAGUGAGUUGCGACAGUCUCCCCCCAAUAGCUGAUGCUAAAUUGAUCGUCGCGUUGAAACGGAGUGUCGUUGAAAACAAAAGCAGGUCUGAAAUUUCUGGAUUUUUUGAAAGCGAUAUAACGUUUCGAAUUUUCACUUUUACACGAGCACUCUGUCAUCAUUUUGUAGCUAUCGGUCAUACGAACAAACGUGAGGCAAAAGUUUUGAAGGAAAACUGUGCAUAAUCCCAAAAAAAAACAGCGUUUUCCGCUGAAAAACCUCAUCCCGUAAAUCGACACUGAGAGCCGCCCGCAAAAAAAGACGCGCGAAAAAUUUUUUUUCGCCGAGGGUACAAGAAAACAAUUUGAACAGUUAUUGAUCUACAGCAGUCACGUCUGUCAAUGGUCCAAAACGAAUAUUCUACGGAAAAGGAUUCGCUCGGUUCUUCUGGAUGUCCGUCGUUGUUCUCGUGUUCGCAUUCCUCCUUUAUCAGAUUGCCGUGCUCGUUCGUUAUUACUUUUCGAAGCCUACACUCUCUCAGGUUCAGUGAUCCUAUAGAAUACUUCUGUUUCCUACUUCUCUAUAUCAUUCCAGAUAUCUUUCAUUGCGAACGACGGGAGCAUGGACUUCCCGGCGGUCACCAUUUGCAAUCUGAAUCCGGUCAAAACCUCUUACAUCCAUAACCUGAACACCUCCGGCGAACUAUCGGAUGAAGUGCUCAAUUACCUUCUCGCCACAAAGACAAACUCUAUUUUCAUGUUCAAUAAUGCGGACAGAAAUGCUUUGAAACAAGGUUUGCCAUAGAAAAACAAGUUUAAAAAAUCUCAUUCCCUUCCAGCUCACGAAAGUUCCCAGAUUUAUUUGAGCAAACAUCCCGACUUCUCCAUUCUCAAUUUCUUGAAUGCUGCUCAAUUUGACUGCGCAGAACUGUUCGAAGUAUGUUAUUUCGGAGGGAAACGAUUCGAUUGCUGUGAUUUCAUGUCCCAGACUAUCACUUCGCUAGGCAGGUGCUGGGUGAUGAACUUCCAGAAUCGAUCAGAAAUUUGGAUGAAAAAACAAGUUUCCCCGCGGAUAUCAGCCAAGGCGGGACUGCAAAUCAUUGCGAACGCGAAGCACGAGGAACAGUUCACGAGCUUCCAUUACUCGAGUUUCCAAGAAAACGGCUUUCGCUACUUCAUCCACCCUCCCACCACGAGCCCAGAUCUUGCGUCCGAGGGAAUCACAGUGUCACCGUCCCGAGUUGUGAACACUGCAAUCAAAGCGGUCCUGGUAACGAGUAAAAGUCCUCUCUCAUUACGUUUUUCCAAGCUUUUCAGCACGAUCUUCUGAACCGUCACAACUGGGGGAACUGUACGCACACGUGGCCCUCGGGGUACUCGACCAGUCUUCCGUAUGGUUCUUCCGUUUGUCAAGCUCUAUGCAUCGCUGCUCACUUCCAAAAACUAUGCGGUUGUGCUCCAUUCAGCUAUAACAUUGACAACAGUAGGUGAUCUGGAAAAUGGUCCGAAUGUAAACUGGAUCUUGUAGAAUUGACAACCUGUUUACCGUACGAAGAAGUGUCGUGCAUGGAGGAUAAAAUGACCAAGAAAGAGAAUGGUAUGGGAACGGGGAACAAUGAGCAACUAUUCUCUUUCUUUCAGAUACCGUAGUCCUGGAUCUUCCCGCUUGUUCCGAAUGUCAUCUCGCUUGUCAAAAGAACAGUUUCACCUCGUACACUUCCUACGGAGACGGAUUCAAUAACAGCUCGAUGACGUGGCUCAUCAACUUGACGAAUAACUCUGAAAGUUAUGUGAGGUGAGUGCCGAACAGAAAACCGCCUGUGAAGCAGUAUUGUGCACAGAGAGAACAUAGCAGUGAUCAGCAUUCAUUUCCUGGAGCUGUUCUACACUUCCUACACUCAAGUGAAAGCGACAUCCGUUAGUAAAACGCUCAGUUAGUCAUUUGUGUCGUUCCUUUUUCCAAACACCUCUUUUGAGGCGGUAUCUUCGGUUUGAAUGGACUGUGGUUCGGAAUGUCUGUCGUUUCAUUGACCGAACUGUUCUUAUUCUUAAUCAAAAUAUCUUGGAUCAUGGUAUCGAGACGAAGAAGACAUCAUUUGUUUGAGAAGAAAGAAUCCGAGAAGGUCAGUGAUCUUAUGAUUUCUUCAGUGCAAAUGAAUUGACACUCCAGCGGAAAGUGAAGAACAUCGAGGUUGCCGUGAAAGAAGUGGAGGAGUCUCGGAUUAACUCUUCUGCCAAUCUGGCCGCUCUGGAUUCCUACAGUAAUCCGGCAGACGAACAUCAGUUCUGGUACAAAAACACGAAUAAUUUGUCCGAUCUGAGCUUGGAUAGUGUGGUGAGCCGUCAUAAACUUUUAUGUCUUCUAUGAGAAGGGUUCAGGUUCAAUUGGCUACGGAGUUUGAUAACGUUGAGCAGUCCGGAAGGAUUUCGGUCAAAAGUCGUGUGAAGUUUGAGGACGAAGUGGAAGAAGAAGAAGAGGAAGAAGGAGAGAAGAACGUUUCACGUUUCUGA